AUGCUUCAAUGCGAUUUAUGCGGUGGGUCCAACGUGCCGCCCCCAUUAGCGGCUCACAUGAGAACAAGUCACCCGGGCUGUAAGAACCCAACCACUAAGGGUUUCGACCGGACUGGCACCUACCAGCUGACCAACCCGCAACCAGGACAAGAGCUGCCCCCCACCUCGUACUGCGGACAAAUGGCUCAGAUUUACCAGCUGUGGUACAUGUUCUGCGAGAAAUGUUACGAGAAGGCGAUCAAGGCAGCCCCCUCCAUCCGACAGGGACGAUCCAAGAGGGCUGAGAUGGUGGUCUUCGAGCGGCUGGAACAACCAGUCAGCAUUGACCAUUGCACCAUCAAGGAGAACGCCAUAUUUCUCCUGGAUCUAGCGCCGCUAACAAAUCCUGAACCGAUCAGCAUGUCGGCUUGGGCAGACAACUCGUCCCGUAGUCCACCGACUCCGCCAGGCAGUGUCUGGCAACCAGCGCCACCGUUCCAGUGCCUGCCUGCACUAGGGGCCGCUCCCAAAGCGUUCGCGGCAUCUGACGCAGCUCGCUACCAUUCUCUGGGUAGACCGAUGCCGCCUGCAGUAGCACCAUUGACGUCAGCAUUUGGCGGCAUAGAGGGUAACACAAGUUCCAACUGGCCUCGAGUACAUCGCUCCGUGUCGAUGGGCCAAGCAGGCGGGCGGGACCUGGCCAACGCGGCCCGACCUCCACUCGCUCGUGACACUCCAAUGGACCAGGACACACUCACCGGCAAGUCAUAUUAA